AUGGAAGGAGUACCGUCAGCUACGAAGUUCAAACACGAACCCCUCCCGGAUUCGAAUACACACAUACGACUGCUAGGAAUCCAGGGCAUCGAUGCAUAUGAUCAUGUAGUUUGUCUUCUUACCGCCUGGCCAGUUGAACAAGCUCCAGAUUACUAUGCUUUGUCAUACACCUGGGGCUCACCUAAUUCAAGUCAUGAAAUUAUUAUCAAUGGAUGUAUCUUCAUGGCAGGUCGAAAUUGCGUCUAUGCGCUCAGACAGGCGCUUUCAACGAAAGCGAGCAGGUAUUUCUGGAUGGACGCUCUCUGCAUCGACCAAAGCACCACACAGGAAAAGAGUCACCAAGUGGGUAUGAUGGCACAGAUAUACGCAAGAUCGCGACAUGUAUUGGCGUGCGUUGGGCCUCGCAUCGACGUCAUCGAGUAUUGCAGGCCCUACAAGGCAGACGGCACGUAUCAAUGGGCUUCCAAGGAAGAAGACGCGUACUUGACGCACAGGGACGAUAACACGUUGUUGUUUCGAUUCAUCGAUAGGCACAGAUCACUUUUGGCCAGCAUACACCGGCUCACCCUCAGGUCUGGCUUUGAGCAGACUCGCAACUGGGUAGAACCUAAUCCUAUCCCGAAAAGCUCUUGGAUCGCGCUGCGAUGCUUAUGUGCGUUCAGUCCUCGUCUAAGACAAACAGUUGCAACCAAGUUCUUCACCUUCAUGAAACGCCCAUAUUUUUCUCGAGUUUGGGUCUUGCAGGAGCUUCAUUUGGCCCCAAACAUCUCGCUUUGUUGUGGCACGGACGUGCGAUCGUUUGACUAUCUGCUGGCCGUCAGCAUGCUGGUAGACUUCUGGAUCAAUAUCUCUAAUUACAAAAAGUCUUUGACCUUCACUGUCUCGCUCAUGGCAAGAUUGUUUUCAAGGCAGCAAUGGUUCUUGCGCCGACAGGAAUCUUGCGCGACGGAGAUAUUUGAGGAAAAGUUCCGCGCAAUCCAGAACCAACGCGGAUGUCUAUCCCUCGCUUCUGGUACUGGAGGACGCCGCCGAUUGGCAGUGAUCUUAGAGGUCAUGCAUAGUUUUGGAUGCACUGACGUACGCGACAGACUAUUCGGCGUCUUGGCUCUGGUAGACUGGGGUCCUGGCAAGGCUGUUGUACCAGACUACGAAAAGGACGGCUACCAGCUUGCUGUUGAAGUACUUCAACUAUAUCUCGAAAACUCCGAAACCAAACCUGUCUCUGGAAUGGCUAUCGAGUGGCCUCGCCGACUAUGGAAAACCUUUGGAGUUGAGAUCCAAGGGCAGGCAAUACGAAACGCGAAAGUGAAGAGAUACAAUGGCUAUACGAUACCGCACUAUCAGUCGCCAUUAUAUUUCGAAUUCGAUCCUCCCCAUAUUAGGAAACCAUUUCGCGGUGUCAAUGGUACUACAGUGGACCCUGGCGAUGAAUCAGGGCAUUCGAGAGAUAUCUGGUAUGGGGUCAGGCUGCUUGAGAACCCGGAUCUCCGCAAAAGUGCCUUGGGUUCAAGCGACCUAGCGCCGCGUUAUCUUUGGUGCGAGGAGCAUGAUUCAAGAUUCUCGUCCAGGGUCACGUCUCCUCUUGUAAAGAUUUUCGAUCAAGAGAAGCGAUCAUUCGCAUGGGCACCAGCAGACACGAAACCGAAUGACUGGCUACUGUUUAGUGCAGCAAGUACAUGGUACAAUCGAACGCCUGCGAUGGUCGUAGUUAGAGACGGCGAUCCAGAUCUUGGUACGUUUCUUAUCAUCGGUCAAGCGUCGAGGAAUCCUGGAUACCCGUAUGGAUAUCAAUACGAGAAAUCUAUCUUGGCAUCCCUCGAGUGGCGACACUUUGAAUCCAACUGGCACGCGGAAGACUUGUUUUUCUUCGACUGGAAUCACAGAAACCGUUCAGUUGCUUUAGUUGCCAACAGGCCAACGAUGGUGGAGACGUCGAAAUGGCUAAAGAUGGAGGUUUGUGCCUACAAAGGCUCAUCAUUCUUCAAAGGCCCACGCACCCCAACAUCGGAUCAUCAGAAGCAUGCGGCAAGGGUGGUCAGUCAGUGGACAGGAAGGCACACGGCAAGACAGUAUGGCAAUGCUGCACCGCUACCCGCGCGGUUUCUCACGCUCAUGCGAUAA